GCGGCUUAACUAUGACGUCAUCAGGCUUACAGGAACAGCUAACAGCGGUCACGCUGAAAUAGGUUACGUUGCUUUCUUACUUUUCUGAUCAGUUGUUUAUGCAUAGAACCCAAAAAAUGUUUUCCAACAGGGCUAAGUUUAACCACUUUCUGCAAACUUUGAGUGUUACACUACUUCAUGUGGUGCAGUUCUCUGGAGCCACACACAUCCCGAGCAUCAUCAUUCUGUAUCAAUUGUUCUUUUAUACACCUUUGUGGCCGUUUGUGCUUCUUUAUUUGUCAUGGACGUAUCUCGCCGAGUGGAAAACCCCUGAACGUGGUGGAAGAGAUCUUCUGAGGAAUUUCAUGAGACGGCUCCCUAUUUUCAAGUUCAUGAGGGAUUACUAUCCUAUCACACUCGUUAAAACUAGAGACCUCGAUCCACAGAAGAACUAUAUUUUUGGAUAUCAUCCUCAUGGAGUUUUCACCGAAGGAGCAUCGAUAGGAUUGAAUACAGAAGCAUGUGGAUUUAGUGAAAAAUUCCCUGGAAUCAUUCCGCAUUUGUCCGUGACCUCAGUUAUACUAAAACCCCUGUUAUACCGGGACAUACUGAUGAGUCUUGGCGUAAUUGAUGUGUCGCGUGACAGCUUGGAAUACAAUCUGACACAGAAGGGGGCGGGACACUCGGUUGUCAUCGUUGUGGGUGGAGCAGCGGAGAUCCGUGAAAUGGGCUUUGACAGCUACGCGCUGAUAAUGAAACGACGGAAAGGAUUUAUCAAACUGGCUUUGCAAACCGGGUGCGAUCUUGUCCCUGUGUUUGGCUUUGGACAGAAUAAUCUUUAUCUUAAUAUAAUUGGCGGCAGUAGUUGUUCCCAAUAUUCACGGCCUCAACUUUGGUUCAGAAAUUUCACCUCUUACCUCAGAACUUGUUUUCUUCCGACACGAUCUCCAAUCAAUGUCGUAGUGGGAUCGCCUAUUUCUGUUUCCAAGAUUGAUAAACCAAGGAAGGAAGAUAUAGACAAACUUCACACACGGUACAUAGACGAACUAAAAGAAUUGUACGAGAACUAUAAGGACAAAUAUCACCCAUCAGAGAGAUCUGAGUUGUUGAUCAUCUAGUUACUAAAAGGGAAGUUGUUUGAAUUUUUUUUUU